AUGGAUUUUGUGGAAGUGCUUCCUGAUGCGCAAGAUCCUCUCUUGCAGCGGUUGCAGAUGAAGCACGCGGAGCUGCGCGUGAAGCAAGUUAUGGAGCUAAAGAAGACACUAGAAAUCGAGCACUCGGCUAUGUCAAAGAAGAUACACAAAUUACCCACAACACUAGACCUUGUAUCGGAUGAAAUAAGUUUCACACUAAAUGAAAUAGCCGUUCGCUGCGAGGAAUACGCGGUGCCGCAUGUAGGGCAGUUACUGAAAGAUGUUCAUACCAUGAUGAAUCAGCAACUACGUGAAGCUUACAGGCACGUAGAGGCUGGUUAUAGGUCUGCGUUCCACAAGAUGGAGGAAGCAAAUGAAGUGCAGUACCGCCAGCAGAAGUCAGCAUCGUCGUUGGGCGUAUCGCCUCAGAAACCGGAUAAAUCACCUCCACAUCAGGCACCGGCUAAUGUGGAGUGCCCGCCAAUGGCAAAGGGCAAAAAUGGUAAACGAGGAACUGGGAUGAAGGGUACUUCCGAGGUAAGAGUUCUUUCGGUGACGGAAGCGAUGUCAGCCACUACUGGAUUAUUUGCCGAGUCAAUUGCUGUCUCGCUGCGAUGUGAAGUUGUUCGCAUUUACCUCUACGAUGAGUAUGGCAACCUCAAUUGCUGUGCUCGUUUCCCUUUUUCUGCGACGAAGGGGGAUCCGCUAGCGGGAACGAACUUGGAGUUAAUUCUUGCGAAGGAGGUCCACCGUACUGUCUGUCAGAGCUGCAUCGCGGUUAAUGGGCGGAAACGACAGGAAAUCACCAUGAUCGAGCGGGAUCGCAAGGAGGCUGAUGAGGAGAUUGAGCAAAGCGGUUGGAAAGCGAUGAAUAGUUGUUUAAUAUUUCCCGUGAUAUCGAACGAGCGUGGUAAGCAAACACAUGGUAUGAUCCAUGCGAUGAACAAGCAGGGUACAUCUGUCAACUUGGUUGGAGAGUUUGAUGAAACGGAUGAAAAUUUCUUAUUCACAGCAGCUUGCCUACUGGGUUGCUUGUUGUCCCGCUAUCCUGGGAAGUGUUUUAUGCGUCCUGUUGGUAACUUGAUUCAUCAGCACCUGGGGUUGCACCCCGUACAUGGGAACGAUACGAGUUUUCUGCCACAGCUGAUAGAGGAUGAGGUUGAAGACGCCGCAAUAGCGGGCAAUAAGGCACUACAGAUGCGACCUAGGGUUCUGGUGCACCGCGCACCCAUCAACGUCAUUUAUCAAGCCCGUGCAGAGCGCAGAAAGACUCGUAAACUAGAGGUAUUACAUAUGGUGGAUAGAGCGCUGAGCAGUGUGGAGUUUGACCUUAAUGCACUUGAAGAGUUGUGGCGAGUGGGUCACGAAGAGAACAGGAUUAUGUACGAGCACUGCCAGCACACUAACGAACAGUUGAACACACUUCAGGUGUUGUUGCAAAAUGUUCUGGAUGGUAUUGGGGCAUCACGCAACAUGGGUACACUGGAGGAGGUGAGGCGGUACCUGCGAGCGCUAGAAUUGCAUGCAAGACAGGAAAAUACACUUCAAAUAAAGGAGCUCAUAUCGAAAGCGUUGCUUCAUUCAGACAUUGAAGAGAUUCCUCCACAGCUUAAGGAAGAAGUUAAGAGUGGCCGACUCACACUCGAGGAGGCCAUACAAAUGGAGCGCCGCCUCGAGGCAGUAGAGUCAAAAUUGAAGUUUGGUGCCUCUCCAGUACCUCAAGUCCGCAUCUAUUCGUACAAUCCACAACUUCGGAGGGAGCAGGCUCGAUUCUUCAAUGCCAAUGCUGAGAAACGUGAGCGCUUAUUUAACUACGCAAACAUGGCAGGUGACGGUCCAGGUUACAAGGGGAAGACGGUUUCGGCAGUGACCAAAGAGGUCAACCUGAACCCCUCCUUAAGACUCUGCUUUGGGACAACAGAUUAUGCUUCGCGGCGGCCAUUCAGACUCCAGGGAGGGCGCAGUGUCUCACCUCGUUGA